AUGAGGUUUAAUCACGAUCAAAGCGGAAAAGUUGAAUAUGAAGCAGAUUUUUGUAAGGAUUUUGCUGAGCAAAGUGAAUUCGCAUGUCCAGUUGAAGGAAAUUUCUACUUGACCACAAUUAUGUUUUUAGAA